AUGAUGCGGAAGCUCCUCAACACGAUGAGCGCAAGCGACAUCGAAGCGAUGAUGGAGAAGGCCGACACAGACUACAGCCAUUCCAUUGGCUAUGACGAGUUCGUGGUCUGGCUACACUCCGAGCACCAUGAUCGCGUAACGAAGAUCUUGGGUACCGAGGCCGACCUGGUGAAGGCGACCUUUCGUCUGUGGGAUCGGAAUGGUGACGGCUUGGUGAAGAACAAGGACUUGGUUCGAAUUCUCGAAAAGACCUGCAGCACCAUGACGCCGAAACAGCUCAAAGCCUUAGUUGAUACCAUCGAUGCCUCAGAUGAUGGCGAGGUGGAUUAUGAUGAAUUUGUUGAUUUCGUUUUCACCUGA